AUGGCAGCGAUUCUAGUGACAGGUGCGACCGGCAAGCAAGGCAGCGCGCUCAUCAGAAAUCUCGUCGCCAAAAAUGCACCCUACGAGAUUCUCGCCGUGACGCGAAACUCCAAUUCCGGGCUCGCCCACCAACUGCGCCAACUUUCGUCCCAGAUCAAACUCGUUGAGGGCAAUCUCGACAACCCCGCGGGGAUCUUUGACAAUGCGCACAAAGCCACUAAGUCCCCGAUUUGGGGGGUCUACAGUGUCCAGGUGGCAAUUGGGAACGGCUCCCAGGAAGAGCCCCAGGGCAAAGCCCUCGUCGACGAAGCCCUGAAGCAGAACGUCAAGUUCUUCGUGUACAGCUCGGUCGACCGUGGCGGCGAGGCCUCGUCCACCACGCCGACCAAGAUCCCCCACUUCCAGCACAAACACAACAUCGAGCGGUACCUGGUCGACAAAUCCAAGGACACCGAGAUGAAGUGGUUCAUCCUGCGCCCGACGGCGUUCUUCGAAAACCUGGUGCCGGGCUUCUUCGGCAAGGUCUUUGCCACCUGCUUCAAGAUGGCGCUCAAGGGCAAGCCGCUGCAGAUGGUGGCCACCAGCGAUAUCGGCUACUUUGGCGCCGAGGGCUUCCUGCAUCCGGAGGCCUGGGCGGGCAAGGCGCUCUCCCUGGCGGGCGAUGAGAUCACCUACGACCAGAUGGUCGAGAUCUUCGAGCAAAAGACGGGGCAGCCCAUCCCGUCGACCUUCCGGGUGCUGUGCUCCAUGUUCAUGGCGUCGAUGAAGGAUAUGGGGUAUAUGUUCAAGUGGUUCCACGAUGAGGGGUACAAGGCGGAUAUCCCCGAAUUGCGGCGGAUGCACUCGGAGCUGAAGGAUUUUGGGACGUGGUUGGAGACGGAGAGUGAGUUUGAGAUGACAAAGUGA